CAAAAGUCAGCAAAAAUUGACUACAGCAAAGAAAUGAUUAAACUUUGCCACAACAAUAAAACCCAAGUUGUAAAGAAAGCUCUAAUAGAUUAUCCAAAAUAUGCUGAAAUGGAUGGAAUAAAAGCUAAGAGCACUCAUCAUAUAACACUCACUGAUUAUCAUGAGUCUUAUUAUGAAAAGAUAACUCCGAAGCUGAUUAAUGACUAUCUCAAUAAGCCUAAAGACGCCGAUAAUGAUGAAGAUAAGACUUGGUAUCCAUAUAGCGACAAGAUUUCUAAAAAUUGGUUUGGCUCAAAUAAUGGUAAAUUUGUAACUACCAUCGAAGAAGUCGAAUUCAAAGCUGGUGAAAAGAUCAAAUACCCCAAUAAAGAUGAAAGAGUUCAAAUAAAACGAAAAACUUACUGA